AUGCUCAAGAAUAAAGCCUUGACGGCGGGCCUCGCGGCGUUCGUGGUGACUGGAACAGCUGGCACUGCUUUCUACUACAUCAAGAGCAAGGACGCCAGGCGGAAGCGAAGAGCGAGGAAAUCACACAGUGGUGCCAGAACGGACGUGGUCGUCAUUUCUGGAGCAGUGGCAAAUCCUCUGACGGCGGCACUGUAUCUCGACUUGGAGAGGCGAGGAUUCGUGGUCUAUGUACUCUGCCCCACAGCCGAAGACGAGCAUUUCGUUCGAUCACAGUCUCGGGUGGACUUGCUACCACUGCCCUUGGACGUCCUCGAUCCAUUCAAAGCUCAGACUCAGCUCGCGCGAUUUCAGGACUUGCUGGAACGAGACCAUCGUGCAUUCGACCAUGCCGAAUCGCACAGAUUGAGGUUCAUGGGUCUCGUGCUUGUCCCCGACACUCAAGUCGCUCCCAUGCGAGUAGAAGACACAAGCUCCGAAGAGUGGAGUAUGGUGCUCAACGCAAAGGUCCUCAAUACCGUAGCAACGACACAACUCCUCCUACCGGCAGUCACACGGCACAAAGCUCGGGUUCUGCUCCUCACACAGUCCGUGGCGCCGUCAUUACGGCUAGCGUCGCACUCCAUGGAAAGUGCCGUAUACGGAGCGCUGCAAGGCUUCGCAGCGUCUCUUGCGGCAGAGCUGAAGGAGGAUGAUAUUCCUCUCACUCACAUCAAAAUUGGCAGCAUGGACAUCCCCGCGAUCUCCGCUAAGCAACGGCGAGAAGGUGUUCCAGCUCCUCGGUUGAAGCCGACUCCGUUGAGAGCACUGCACGAUUCUGUUUUCGACACGCUUGUAGCGAAGUCGCCGUCACGCACAUUGCAUGUCGGACGUGGAAGCCUCACCUACGAUCUUAUCGGAAAAUGGAUGCCACCUGCUUUCAUUGCCUGGAUGAUGGGCGCCGGCAAGCAAAGACUACCUCAGGCGAAGGCUGCUGUCAACAAGGAAGAAGACUUGCGCUCUAGUACAGGAUCUUUGACUUGGGACAAAGUCGAGCUGAGCGAUCAGGAGGCGUGA